GCGUCCUCGGUUGCUAUCAUGGAGGAAUUGUGCACAAACAAACUCGGGUGAAGCAGCUAGAAAAGUGUGUUACACCUUUUAAAAGACAAAAGAGACUGUGAUUCUUCUGGAGACGUUGUUACAAAGUAGAUUCGAACAUUUCCUUUGCAAGUUAAGCUUCGCCCUGAAAAUGGUUGAAUACUUUACCGCGGAGCACCGGUGACGUUAGCAGCUAGAAGCUUUGCUAGGAGCUGAACCUGUAUGUCUCCUCGGUAUCAGCUGUGGCAUGCAGGUGCUUCGGGACAACGUCGCCUACCACUCAAAUGUGAAGUUGGGAGCUGAAAUUGGCUUCUACGAUGAGAGACAACUUUUGGUUGAAGAGCAGAAGCUGUGUAAAGUCCGAGCUCGUGUGUUUUCUGCGGAAACCAACCGACGGAGGAGGGCUCUGGAGGAAAGACAGAAGCAGUGGCAUGUGCAGGAGCAACGGCAGAGAGAGAACGUCCUACAGCAACGCAGACAGCGAGUACAGGAUGCAACGGAGCGCUUUCAAAGAGCCCAUCUACCUCCUUCUCAGAGACGCAGACAAUCUUUUAGAAGAGCUGCCCCGAAUAUUGAAGAUGCACUCAAUCAAAUCCAAAGCACGUUGAGUUCACACCCCCAGCAGUCCUCUUUCUUGUCCGGGAACUGUAGCGUUGGCAGAAGCUGCACCCCCUCUCCUAAGCCUCCCACAGUUUCUAAUUCCUCCCAGCGCCGAGCACUGUCUGCUGUGGAGGCCUACACUGACCUGCUCCAGGAUCGGAGCGUGAUUUGCUUCAGGAACAGUCAAGAAACUGGAAAAAUACAAGAGAAGCAACAAGAUGACAGUUCACAGGACAGCAACCUGUCUGACUGUAAUUCUGAAAUUCUUUCAAGUAAGGAUAGUUUGGAGAAUGAGGAGCCCAACCCCGGUACAAAAAAUCUACAGUGUUCCAAUUCAUCGUUCUCACUUAACUCAAUGAAAUCCCAUCCAGACCCGAGAAAGCAAAGUGAUUUGUAUCCAACCUCAGACCUAAUCUUCUCAGCGUGUCUUGGUGAUAACUUACUCCAAUCAGGAAAGCUACAUGAACCUGAACAGAACAAACAAGCCGAGACUGAAAGGCCCAACAACAAGAUGCACUGGGGGUUCACAGCUGAGCAAAAGUCUAGAACAGAGACUCAGCCUGCACUGAACAACUGCAACUUAUUAACUUUUUGUGAAGUUUUUAAUGCGUACCCAGAGGACUUUGAGAGAAACUUCCCACAAAACAGUCCCAGUGACAAGCUAAUUGUUACGAAUAGAGUAAAACCUGGCAGCACAGUUCUUGAGUCUUCAUGUCCCAAACAAGAGGCUCUGUUCCAUCCCAGACACCAGACAGUCCCUGAUGACAGACAGUUAAGACAUCCAUCAGCUACAGCAGCUCCGUUGCCUUCCAAAAACAGCAACAGUAAAGACAUUUUGUUUGGAGCUCCUGCAAAACCAAAUAUUUCCUUGAACAACAGCACAACCUAUAAUGGCUCACAAGCAGGAACUCUACAGCAAACAGGGAAACAAAACCACUAUCUGUCAUCCCGUAAAGAACCUAGUGUUUCCAUAAACAACCUCAAUAAAGUUUCAAACUCAGAGCCCAAAACUGAGAAGCCCAUAAACACGGCACAGCUGCAACACACAUGCUUGUCUAACAUUCAUUCAGACUGUCUGAGGUGCCUCCACUGUCCUGAGGAAAGACAAACACCACAUUCAGUAUGUACAGUCAGAUACGUUAAAGGAAUCCUUAAAAAGCAGCCCAAAUAUAUGUCAGGAGAUACUAAAUGCAUGUACGGCUCAAGGCAUGUCAUUUUUGGAAACCAAGUAGCUUUUGAGAUCAGAGAUAGUGUUGAACUGACAAGGGCUAAAACUAAGGAUGUGGAGGGUGACAACCUCAUCAAAAAGAAGCUGCGCUGGUUUGAUGAGGUACAUGAAGAAGAAGAGGACAAAGAAUAUAACAUUAUGAAACAGAUGAAAGACAUGUCUUCCAGUCUUUCUCAGUCAAAGAACAACUCAGAGGACCACCAACUAAGUGUCACUACAGUCUCAGGGGUUUCCAAGCCAGGACCCAUCAUGACCCCUGCAGCCUCCACUGGUUAUCACUUUACAAAGCAAGCGUGGGCAGAUGUCGGGGUUCAAGUCAGCUUGCCCCACGAACAAGCAGAUGAAGUCAAGGUGCCGCGGACCGGUGGCCCCAAGGUCCCUCGGAGAGAGCGCUCUGCUAGAGUCGGAGCAGGUCCUGUUUCCUCUCAGAGUAGAAAGGGUCUUGUCAUACGACCUCAAUCUGCCACCGCGGUGAGUCAGAUUGCCAAAACCCAGGGGAAGCUCAUGGUGCCCCGCCCACCUCCACGGAUGGAAUCAGUGGAAGAAAAGAUGGUGAACACCACUAAGACUCCAUAUGGCACGGAUCAUGCUAGUGUCAACUGUAAACAAGCUGUGGCUGUAGAGCAGUUUCUGCACAAGGACAAUUCAGAAGGCUUUUUCUCACCUUACACACACGUAGUCAGAACAAACAGCACUGUUCCAUACACACCACUGCCACCCUCGUAUGCAUUCCCCGUCUCAGAGGGCAGCACAAAGGGCAUGCCCAGCUCAGGUCCUCAGCACACUCAUGGCUGCAGUAGAAGAAGAGGGAUGGUGUUCAGUGAAAAAGGCCUGUGUUUAGAUUACACUCCCACAGAUGAGGAGAUCUCACAGCUGUGGGAUAGUGUCCGCAGCGCCUUAGCCACCAAGGAUGGAAAACCCAUGCUUAGAAGUGAGGCCCCGGAGAGCGGGCGACAUGGGAGGAAACCCUGUGUGGAGCAGAGCAGACAGCUUCCUGGCCCAGGGAACAGAAGACUUCCUCAGCCCUCUCAGCCAACAAAGAAGACCACAGAGCCAGUCAGACCAUUUUCCAGUACUUACAACAUGGCCUUUGCAGAUGAAGGUUUGGAUAGUGCAGGCUACUUACACCUGGCUAGAGUACAUGCUGAAGGCCUGCUGGAAGAAAAACGUACUGUGGCUGCCAUGGAAACAGCCCAAACACAGCCGCCUGCAUUGGUGCAGCAGUGCAGCCAACAUCAGGGGCUCACCACCAUUUCCUUGGAAGAACAUAAAAUCCUGCUCUCCCUGGACAGACUGAACCACCAGCUGCACUGUGUGCAGGAACAUGUUGGGGGUAACACUGGCACACGUGGCCUCAUACUUAUUGAGGCACCCUCUACAAAGGAAAUGAAAGUCACAAAGCGCUGUGCAUCCUCAGCUAACAACCGCUUUCAAUACCAGAAGAAAUUCUGACCUAGAGGAUGUGUGGUCCACGAUGGUCUUCACGCCCAUCAGUGCAUUGCACCGUUCUUGGAUCUUACUGUGCAUCCAAGCGCUUUAUUCCCUGUAAAAUGGAUUUAGUCUCCUUAAAAACUAAUAAUGUGCCUACUGAACGUCACUAACAUUUGUUUGGACAGUAACGCAUAGUUACAAAAAAUGUAUUUUACCUUUAUUAAGCAUUUUACUCUUAAGCAAGUGCCUGUGAAAAUAAUACUGGGCUCAAUGCAAUAGGUCCUUUUUUAAAACUGACAUGACCAGAAUUGAUUUGUAUAAGAAUAAUAUUUAUCUUUUGAAGCAGUUUUAUUUUAUAUUUAUGUUAUGUAUUAAAAGUAUAAUUUGAUUGAAACUAUUUUGGUACCAUAUUGACAGUGAGCUGAAUAAAGUUUGUUGUCUGUACUAAUAAACUCACUGGGUGCAGUGUGUUUGGCAGUAUCAGUAUCAGCAUGGUCAAUAAAUGGACCAAGGGCCGGAAAUGGUUUAUAGAGAGAAGUGUUGCAACACUGAAGGUAUGUUUGUCUUUGGUGGCAGUAGAAAGGAAGAUUAUGUCUUGUGCACUAGAGUCACCC